UUGCGCACUUGUCGCCCAACAACACACCAUUGUACGUCUGACACUUUGUUGUUCCCAACAAUUAAAGUUAAGUUCUUCACAUUCCACAAUCAUGUAAUUCUAUAUUGCAUCAUUUGAUCUACAAUAAGCUUGCGUGAUCGAAAGCCUGCAUCAUUCAGCUGUGACACUGGCAGAGAUAAGAUAACGCGUUUACAAUGAUGAGUAAAAUCCAAUGCUUCACGGCUUGCUUGCUGUAUUUGGCAAUUUUCCUACACAACGACGCAUUGCCACUUAACGGAAAUGGGGAACCUGUGUUUUGUCGUGGGUUGGAAUGUCCUGAAUACAAAGUGACGUUGAAAAGCAAAGAUUUUGAAGAAAGAUGCUACGAGGAAUACAAAUGGGCAAGCACCGUUGUAUCAGGUGUCGAUUACGCGAAAGCGUCAACUACAGGAUUCCUACGACUUUUCUCUUACAUUCAAGGAGCCAACAAGGAGAAAGUUAAAAUAGAAAUGACUGUUCCAGUUGCAGUAGAGAUCGAUGCAGGUCCAGGUCCUUUCUGCGCUUCCAAUUUCACCGUAAACUUCUUUGUUCCUUUUAAAUAUCAGAGCAACCCCCCUGAACCGACUGGGAAUGUUUACAUAAGAACUCUCCCAAGACACUGUCAGUUUGUGACGUCAUUCCCAGGUUACAUGAACACAACGCUCAUUCAGAAAAAUACUGCAAAACUAAUCAAAGCGUUGGAGGCCGCUGGCCUCGGUGAUGCUUACGCCACUAGCUCCUAUUUCACGGCAGGAUAUGAUAGUCCGUUCGAGCCUCUGAAUCGUCAUAAUGAGAUAUGGUUCAUAGCAAAAAAUACAAAUGUUUUGUUUUGAAUGGAUGACAUGAAGUUUAAACUGAAUAUAUGCCAUGGCUUAUGAUAGCUAUGAGGCGAUUGAUUAUUAUGUAUCAUUGGGAAUAAAUUUGGGUUUUUAGCUUAAUUUAUAUAAAUAAUCGUUGUUUUUACUCACAAGCAAUUUUAUAAUGAAAUACAAAAACAAAUUGAAAUUGAA